CGGCGCUCGAACGGGCAAAACCGCGGCAGGGAUUGAACAUGGCGGGCCACGGAGCCGGCGGGUCUCGCGACUCCCGGGGGCGUGCGGACGGGGCGGACGCGGGGCCCUCGGAGGCGGGGCUGUGGGAAACAGCGAGAGAGAACCAGGAGCAGUUCGGGGGCCAGGACCUGCCCGAGGACCCGGUGGAGGCGGGAGCCCCCGAGAAAGAGAGGGACGCGGGCCUGGAGGCGGAGGCCGAGGCGGUGGCUGCCGGCUGGAUGCUGGAUUUCCUCUGCGUCUCUCUCUGCCGGGCCUUCCGCGACGGCCGCUCCGAGGACUUCCACCGCACCCGGGACAGCGCCGAGGCUAUUAUUCAUGGGUUAUCUAGUCUCACAUCUCAUCAACUGAGAACUGUAUAUAUAUGCCAGUUUUUGACACGAAUUGCAUCAGGAAAAGCCCUUGAUGCACAGUUUGAAACUGAUGAACGAAUUACACCCUUGGAAUCAGCCCUGAUGAUUUGGGAUUCAAUUGAAAAAGAACAUGACAAACUUCAUGAAGAAAUACAGAAUUUAAUUAAAAUUCAGGCUGUAGCUGUUUGUAUGGAAAGUGGCAAUUUUAAGGAAGCAGAAGAAGUCUUUGAAAGAAUAUUUGAUGACUCAGAUUCUGAUACGUCUUUACAAAGAAAAUUGCUUAUGAUAAUCUCUCAGAAAGAUACAUUUCAUUCUUUUUUCCAACACUUCAACUACAGCCAUAUGAUGGAGAAAAUUAAGAGUUUUGUGAAUUAUGUGCUUGAUGAAAAAUCAUCAACAUUUCUAAUGAAGGCAGCAGCAAAAGUAGUGGAAAGUAAAAGAGCGAGAACAACAGCUUCUCAAGAUAAGCCUAAUGGUAAUGAAGUUGAAGUAGAAACUGAAGCUAAUUUGGAAGUACAGAAAAGUGUUAAUAACAAACCAUCUGUAGUAACUGAAUCCUCACAGGAUACAAUAUCUUUAAUGAGGUCUCACAAGAAUCUCUUCUUAUCUAAGUCCCAAUACGGACACCAAUCAGAAGAUUUUAAUGAGAAAGAAAAAGCAGAAACUCUUAUAACUAGAAGAAAGACAGAGGGAAACAGACACGCCACUGAAGGAAAGAGAAAGGAUGUUUUAAACAAUCAACCAGAAACUUCUAAAAAUUACCGAUCUAGAAAAAAACAGGCAUGGAUUUGGGAAGAAGACAAGAAUCUGCUGUCUGGUGUGAGGAAAUAUGGAGAGGGAAACUGGACUAAAAUACUAUUACACUAUAAAUUCAACAAUCGAACAAGUGUUAUGUUAAAAGACAGAUGGAGGACUAUGAAGAAGCUAAAACUGAUUUGCUCAGACAGUGAUGAUUAAAUGUGUAAAAGCUUGAUGAUGAAAGGUCAAUUACAUAUUUUGAUCAUCACCUUUUGUUUGAAACUUGGUGGUCAUUGAUCUAUGUUAACAUUUUUGUUUAAAACAUUUAGUAUUUUUCUUUAAGAUCCUUUUUACUUGGAUAAAAUGUAAAUUUGUCAAACCUUGAUGCUCUCAUUACCUCACCCCCAAAUCUAGUACUAGUAAAAAAGAUGAAAACCUACUGAGAGAAAAAAAUGUAUUUCUAUUAACCUGUUCUGGGUUUGUAUGCUGACUUCAAGUCCAGAACAUAUAAAUGAAGGUGAAGUUUCUAAAUCAGUGAA